UCUGCUGGUGUUUGUUUUUGUGGCUCAUUCCCUCCAAAUCGAAGGAAAAAUAACUGCAAACGAAUCACUAGAUCGAUUGACGGUGAACUGCUAAUAGUCUCAAGCUAUCCUCUCUCAAAGCUUGUAAGCCUUUAAAUGGCGAAAUUGUGGUGAAAUCCUCAUUCUAGAUCCAAAGAUAAACCUUGUGAGGGACGAUGAAUUUUCUCUUGCGAACUGCUCAACCUUCAGUUCCUGAACAACCGGCCGUUCAACUUCCCCCCACGCUUCCACAUUCUGUGUCAAAGGCCGCAAAAACUUUGGAGGGACUUAUUGCUGAAGAUCCGUAUCCAACGUCCACCUCAAAUGAAGAUGGUGAUGUAGAGAGCGAUGGAAUUUCUGGUGAAAGUGGUGGCCUUUCCAGUCGAAGGACACAAAAUCGAUUUCCUAUCGUUGAAAAUUACUCGGAUGUAACUGAAGACGAGGGAUGGAUUACAAUUCCAUACGAGGAACUUCCUGAUAAUUGGACUGAUGCACCAGAUAUCCAUUCACUUCGCUCUUUUGACCGCUCCUUUGUUUUUCCUGGUGAGCAGGUUCAUAUAUUAGCAUGCUUAUCAACAGCUAAGCAGGACACAGAAAUUAUAACACCAUUCAGGGUUGCUGCAGCAAUGAGUAAAAAUGGCAUCAACCAUGCUAAGCGACCGAAGGAAAGUACAGGGACUGAGUCUGAUUCUGUCGCUGGAAACAGUGAAGAAGUGAGUCCUACUCGAAAUGUGGAGCAGAAUGGUGAAACCCUAUUAACUUCGGAGAAGACUGAUCCAGAAGGGGACAUUUCUGCUAGUGAAUGUCUUCUUAGAAUGGAAGACCACAAAAGACGAACUGAAACAUUAUUGGGAAAGUUUAAGAACUCCCAUUUUUUUGUUAGGAUUGCAGAGACAGAUGAACCACUUUGGUCUAAAAGAAAUGUGUCAGAAUAUUCUGAAACAGCAGUAGUGAAGUUAACUACUAUUGAUGCUGGAGUGAGGAAGACUUUAGAAAAGGAUGCUCAUGUGAAUGCAGUUAUUGAUAGAGGAACCUUUGAUGCUAGUAUGUCUGGUGGCUUGGCUAGAGAUACUGUUAGAUGCUGCUCUCUUUCUAAUGGGGACAUAGUGGUGCAUUUAGGAGUCCAUGUUGGAGUUGAUCUUUUGAAAAAUCCCACACUUGAGGUUCUUCAAUUUGAGAAACAUCAGGAUAAAAAUCUAGCUUCUGAUAAUGGGGACAGCUUAGUUUACACAAGUCAGGAGGAUCCCUGUGGAGAGCUGCUUAAAUGGUUGCUUCCUUUAGAUCGUAGUCUUCCUCCUCCAGUUCGUCCACUAUCCCCUCCUUUGAGUAAUACUUCAGGCGUUGGUAGCACAUCUUAUAGAUCCACCACCCUUUCUGCUUCAUCUGGCUCCCAACUAUUUUCUUUUGGUAACUUCAGAAGUUAUUCUAUGUCAUCGCUUCCUCCAAAUAGUGCUGCACCACUCCCUCCAGUUACGUCCUCCAAUCCUAAACCCACCUUUGACCUAGAAAACUUGGACCGUUUUUCGGCCCAGAAGUUUAGGAAGACUCAAGAAGCUGGGACUGAAGGGAUUUUAUCUUUUCGUGGUGUAUCACUGGAACCAGAAAGGUUUUCUGUUCAUUGUGGCUUAGAGGGCAUCUAUAUACCAGGCAGGAGGUGGAGAAGAAAACUUGAAAUUAUUCAACCACUAGAAAUCCAUUCUUUUGCUGCUGAGUGCAAUACAGAGGACCUCAUCUGUGUCCAGAUAAAGAAUGUUUCUCCAGUGCAUACACCAGAUAUUGUGAUAUUUCUGGAUGCUAUAUCGAUUGUUUUUCAGGAGGCUCCAAAAGGUGGAACACCUAUUUCCUUACCAAUUUCUUGUAUUGAGGCUGGAAGUGACCACAGUUUGCCAAAUGUUGCCCUCAGGAGAGGAGAAGAACACUCAUUUAUUCUCAAACCAGUACCUAUGUGGAAGAAUAAAAAAGUACGCGGUGAAAAUUUUUUCCAGCCAUCACCUAUGCAGGCUGGAAGUGCAGUGUCAAAUAUGCAUCUGCCCUCCACGGUUGUUGAAGAAAGAAGGCUUUAUUCAAGUGCUGAUCAGUAUGCAGUUUUGGUGUCUUGUCGGUGCAACUACACUGAAUCAAAGCUAUUUUUCAAGAAGCCCACCAGUUGGCGACCUCGUUUAACAAGGGAUCUCAUUAUCUCUGUUGCUUCUGAAAUGUCAGAAAAAAGAUGUGGACCUAAUAGAGGGGUUGAUCAGCUUCCGUUUCAGGUGUUAACUCUUCAGGCUUCAAAUUUAACUUCAGAGGAUCUAACAUUGACAGUUCUUGCCCCAGCAUCAUUUUGUUCACCCCCUACAGUGGUUUCCUUGAAUUCUGCGCCAUCAAGUCCAAUGAGUCCUUUUGUUGGUUUUUCCGAGGGAGGAAGAUUAGGGGGUGAUAGACAUGCUAGUGUUGUGCAGAGGCUGAGCUCAACUCCUGUUGUGUCAGAGAAUAAAAAAGAGAGUGCUGGUAGUGGUGCAAGAUCUGUUUCUUUUGACGAGCAGAGCAUAUCUGAUGUCAUUCCGAGUACAGGGUUGGGUUGUACGCAUUUAUGGUUGCAGAGAAGGGUUCCUCUAGGAUGUGUCCCCUCUCAGUCCACUGCAACUGUCAAGCUUGAGUUGCUCCCGUUGACAGAUGGGCUAGUUACACUUGAUACUCUGCAGAUUGAUGUUAAAGAGAAAGGUCUGACUUAUAUACCAGAGCAUUCCCUAAAGAUAAAUGCAACUUCCAGCAUUGCAACAGGGAUCCUAUAGGAUUCAUUGGCAUCUUUCCAGGUUACUCAUGACUUAAAUGUGACAAGAAACCCACAGUGCCUACUCAUUAGGUUGUCAGAGAUUGGGUAUAUUGCUUCUGUUAUGACAUAUAUGGGCAGCACUAAGGUAUGUGAUUAUUGUUCUGUCACCAGGAGUAUGGUGGGAAUUGGAGUAUUACAUUCCUCAUGAAGUAGGACUUGAGCUUUGGGGAAACGGUUGAUGUGUCUCACUGCGAGUUGGCCCAUGCAUUUUUUAUUUUAAGCCAUUGUCUGAGGUGGCAGUUUUCUAAAAUUAUUACCCUUCACAGGGAAGUGAGGAUCAGAAUAUACAACACCAUGUAGAACAACAGAAUUGUGUGAACAUAGCUUUUGUUUGUCUGUCUUUUGUCUUUUGUCUUUAGUAUUUUUCUUCCAAAUAAAAGUUGAGUAUUUGUAGAGCUCUUUGGUUUUGAAGAGAUCAGGAUGCCUUGAAUAUGUUUGAAAUGAUAACAUUGUGGUUGCCAAUUGAGUUAA